AUGGCCUCUACCAGCUCUCUCAAGCCAGUCUCUUCUCUCAAACUCUCUAACCCAAGAUCCCAAUCUCUCUUCCAAUCCCAACAACAAUUGGGUUUCACUCACUCACAAGGCUUUGCAAUUCAACACCUCAAACUCUCCAAAGCAAAUCGUGAUCAAGAUCAUUUCUCAACAAAAAGAAGCUCCGGGGACUUCACCACCAGAGCUUUCUUCUUCAACAAGAAGCCUAGGUCCCCUCCAGUAUCUCCAAAACCAACUAAAGUUCAAGAGCUGAAUGUGUAUGAAAUCAACGAGCGAGACAGAGGCAGCCCAGCCUUUUUAAAACUGAGUCAAAAACCCCAAAACUCUCUCGGUGACCUUGUGCCUUUCUCCAACAAGCUUUACUCUGGAGACUUACAGAAACGGCUAGGCAUAACUUCUGGUCUCUGUGUACUAAUCCAAAAUGUGCCAGAAAAGAAAGGUGAUAGAUAUGAGGCAACAUACAGCUUCUACUUUGGUGAUUAUGGUCACAUAUCAGUACAAGGAGCAUACCUGACCUAUGAGGAUACCUACCUAGCUGUGACUGGUGGGUCUGGGAUCUUUGAGGGUGUGUAUGGACAGGUCAAAUUGCAGCAACUUGUGUUUCCGUUCAAGUUGUUUUACACUUUCUAUUUGAAGGGAAUACCUGAUUUGCCAGCUGAACUUCUGGGACAGCCAGUCACCCCAUCGCCAAGUGUGGAACCGGCUCCUGCUGCUAAGGCCACGGAACCUCGUGGGAUUAUCCAAAACUUCACUAAAUGAUCCAUUUUGUUUAUUUUUUAGCUUAAUUUCUUUUUGCCAUUUUCUUUCCAGUCAAUGUUUGUUUCUCGCCGGAGAAAUUAAGUCUCAACGAUGUAUCUGGGGGGCGGUGUUUGUUUUUGUAGUGUUGCCGUUAUUUUAAAUUAAUAUAUUUUUUAUAUUAUUAUAA